UUUGGUUGCCCGUUGAUAAAAGAGCAUUGCUUUCUUAAUCGUUGUUUAACAUUCUCCCCGUGGUGCUUCUCGUAACGUAGAAUACAUACAAUCACUAUUGGGACUUGUUCAGUGGGUAAAUCGGCUUAUUAAACUGGACUUGUGGAUAUUUAGCUAGCACAAUACAUGCAUGGAUAUGAACAUGGUAAUGAUUAUGAACCCGUGAUCAUGUCAUGUUGUCAAAGUUGUCUCCAAUUUGCACUCACCCGCGAUGUUUUACCAUGGACAUGGUUUUACCAAGGAGAUUUCAUUCGACAGGCCAGGGCAAUUUGAGCUAAUACGAGACCAGAAUAAACCGAAGUGUGACUUGUUUGGGCUGUGUUCUUGAUCUUGUCAUUCAUGUUUAGUAUUACCCUUGAUAUUCACCAAUAAUGGCUGAAGAUAACGCGAUGUUCGGAGAUAACGGAGUUUGAACUUUGGAAUUUGAUUCAAACGGUUUGCAGUUUAAUUCGGUCAUUUAGUGCCAUUAUUACCAUUAUUAUAACCGCCCGAAUGUGAAGUCUGGUCACUUUUUGACGCUUAUGCGAUCAUUUGCUUCUGACUCGGUCAUAAAAUGAGCACUAUGCUUGAAUAAUUUAUAUAUCGCAUCUCAUGGUACUUGAAAUAAAUGACAAUUAUCAUUGCUUUUCCACAAACGGAGCCUUUUUUCUGAAAAACCUUGCGCGUCAUUUCUACAAAGUUCUCUUGGAGCAGACGAUAUCCCUUCAUCUGAUUUUGGCGGGAGCCCUGCAUGGAUAAAUUCAUGACAUACUCCGUGGCUGUGGGUGGGCAGAGGAGAUACAAGAUCGUGAAUCAAAGACACUGGAAUGUGUUUUUCAAAAGGUGACAUCCUCACUGGACAUUUUAAGUGAAGAAAGCACCUUGCCAGUCAGCCUUUCAACUGAAUCAAAUUAAAUCAAGCGUCGACACAGUCCUUAGUACCAAAACCAAAACUUCAAGAAAAAUUAGUGCUAAUAAUCAAUGCCGAAACGACACAUUGUUGGACAACUGCCCUCUUUGUUCCAAUUGUUACAACACUUCAAACUUCGGCACACCAUGGCUGUGAUUUUACUCUGCGUCUUUGAAACUUUUCAUGUUUCAGUUGUUUUCCAUUUCAAAUGAAUUCGCUGGUUAAAUUAAUCAGAUUUGAAAGUGACAGAUUGAAUUGAUUGCCCUACAUUCGAACAGGUGAAAUCGUCCUGGUCAAGUAUAUUUGUAUAAAAGUCAGCUGUAUCAUCAUGAGCUCGAUUUGGUGACGAGAAAAUUGGAUAACAUGCUCAAAGCCAAAUUAUAGGCCCUAAGUCUUUCUUCAUGGAUUCAACAGCUAUACAAUCAUGAUUCUCCCGAGUACUUCGAACCCAUCCUAUGAUAUGGGUGUCGAAUAUGAUGAGGUGUUGACUACCAACGCGACAGGAAACGUAACAAAUGAUGAAGUGGAUCUGUUCCCCACUCCUCGAUACGUUGGACGCUUCUUGCAAACGGCCAGCAUGACCUUCAUCUUCGUGGCCGCGUUGCUUGGCAACAUUUUGGUCAUUCUCCUGUGUAUAAAGAAACCAAAAGAGUUACGGGUGUCCCGACGCCUCAUUCUCCACCUAGCCAUCUUGAACCUCUGCAUGACUGUCCUGGUACUUCCGUCGGUCAUUGUUUCAGCCGCAGCACAGGACUGGGUGCUGUCCAACGCUUGGUGUAUGGCUACAGGCUUCUUCAAGAACCUCUUCUGCGUUGCCAUUAUCCUCAACCUCGUUCUCAUCAGCGGCGACCGUUAUUUCUCCGUAGUCAAACCGCUUCAUUACCAUUCAAGUGUCACCGUCAAGCACCACGGGAUAAUCCUGGGUGUCAUCUGGUUUUUGAGCACCUUAGUGGCGCUGCCACCUUUGAUCGGUUGGAAUAAAAUCUCGUAUCACCCUAGUCGUUACAUUUGCACCGGCAAUUGGUCAGAGGAUGAUGCGAGUUACACGCUUUUUAUUUUCCUCCUCGGGUUCGUGACCCCGUUUCUUCUCAUGGUGUUCGUGUACUGGACGAUCUAUCGCGCGGCUCGUCGCCUCAUGAAGCGAAAACAAGGGCGGCGCUUAAGCCAGGAUGUCACCGAUUCAGGGUCAGUCUCGGGUGGAGGAUCCGUCCGCGUAAGCUCGAGCGCGCGUCACUCGUCGGAGCAGAGUGGGGACAGUCGCGGCUCUUCGCGUCGCAUCAGCGGCAUAUUCGGACGUCGCAGCAGUAAGCGAAGCAACCGGAUCAACGUCACUGACGAAUGGAAAAUCGCCAAGACGGGGGUUAUUGUGAUGGCGUCUUUCGUGAUCUGUUGGCUCCCAUACUAUAUCGUUCUCAUGGUUGAUGCUGUAUAUGGCUUUGGCACAACCGUUCCCCUCUCGAUGCCUUAUGCUUGGUUUCAAUGCUUCGCCAUAUGGAUGGCACUCAGCAGUAGCGCUGUCAAUCCCUACGUAUACGUCCUUCGUAGCCCACCUAUGCGGAAACAAGCUAGCAAGGCCGCCCAUAAUGUCCUCUCCCGUUGUAGACAAUGCUGCGAAGAAGACUCGCGGGAUAUGCGCCGCCGUCAAUCCGGGAAAACCGGACGCUAUUCGUUUUUGAGAAUGAGUAGCAGGUUCAGCAGUCGCAAGAAGCCCACAAAGAAGCAAGCAGCAAAGGACAAACACCCUGAGGCAAGGAAUAGGGGUGAACCUGAGGUGGAGCAUAUGAUGCAGGCUAAUCUAGAUCCAAACAAGAAGCCUGAGGCAGUGGACCAGAUAGAUGGUGUGCCACCGAACGCCGAAAUUGAACUUGUGUCUCACAGAAAGUUAGAUGUGUAGGAGCUGUUAUCUCGAUAGAUAAAUUCGUUGUUUCAUGAUGUUCAAGCUUGCCUUGUCCACAUGCCAUGGGCAUAGUAUUUCUUAUUUCUCAUUUACAGCGGGAAUGUUUUGUGUGAUGUUUAAAUUGUAUAAGUAUCUGGGGUGCAUUUCAUGAAGCGUAUUGUCAUAAUAAUGAAUCUGCUCUCAGCCAAUCACAGUCAAGGAUUUCAGUGGCUUGUAACAUCUUUAAGAGAAAAUGGCUGACGAAUCUCUUCAUGCAACGCUCCCCCACCCCACAAAUUGUGCGUAUUUCAAUUUAUAUGUCGUUAUCAUUUUUUAAACUGUGUAUCAAAAGUGUAUUCAUACGAUAGUAUCGGUUUGUUUAUCAUGAUUGAUGAUCAUGACACUGAAAAUGUAAUGAGCCUCUUAAUAAAUUUGUUACCCUUUUGAAGGUG